AUGGCAUCGAACGGAACACUUUGCCCACACAAACUGCCACCAAAGCCCCGUGUCGCCACACUGAGGACUCUAUUUGAGCCUUCAGUGACUUCGGUAGACAGCCGACAUGAACAAGUCCUAGACUCAAAUGCGUUAGUCUUUUACUUCCCUGCACCACACACAGCAACGGGCGAAGAAAGCCUCGAACUCCAUGUACAUGGUGGAACAGCAGUGGUAAAGGCCGUGUUAGCUGCCAUACCUAAGACCGUCCCACAGCAUGCUCCUCAGAUUAUUCGAUAUGCCGAGCCUGGAGAAUUCACACGCCGAGCGUUCUACAACAAUAGACUCGAUCUCCUGCAAAUCGAAGCACUUGGGGAUACCUUGGCAGCAGACACAGAGCAACAACGCCGGCUAGCAGUUCGAGGCUCAACAAACGUCCUUGCAGAACGCUAUGAGGCAUGGAGACAGAAGCUGCUGUAUGCCAGAGGAGAGCUAGAGGCUUUGAUUGAUUUUUCCGAAGAUCAGCAUUUUGAUGAAUCGCCUGCAAAGCUGUGCGCAUCGGUUGCGAAACAGGUCCGACAACUGAAAUCACAAUUGCAAGCGAACAUCGAAAGUGCAUCUCGAGGAGAGUUACUGCGAAAUGGCAUCAACAUAGCCCUCAUUGGAGCACCGAAUGCUGGAAAAAGCUCUCUCCUCAACCAGAUCGUGGGCCGAGAAGCAGCCAUUGUGAGCAGCGAAGCAGGUACAACAAGAGAUGUAGUGGAUGUCAAUGUCGAUAUUGGAGGCUUUUACUGUCGAUUCGGUGACCUUGCUGGGCUUCGGCAGCAGACGCAGACUUCUGACACUGAGCAAGUCGGAGAUGUAGAAAAAGAAGGUAUCAGAAGGGCUAAAGAAAGAGCACUCAAGGCAGACGUCGUCAUCGUCGUGCUUUCUGCAGAGGUAGUGAAGAGCUCAGCAAACUCGAAAAUCAACGUCUCGAUAGGUUCCGAGGUCCAGAAGGUGUUGAACCAGAUCGAUCUAGGCUCACAGAAGGUCGUUUGCGUUCUAAACAAAGCAGACUUAUUCGCCAGCAAUGCUCAUCUCUCGAAUACACGAUCAAAGUUCCGACGACAUCAGGCACUCAGAGAUUUCUUUGACCUAUCUGAAACCCCACUCUUCGCAAUCUCUUGUACCAAUACUCAAAUGUCCAAUAUCGAUGACAAAUCUGAUCCAAGUGGCAUUCGGGCUUUUCUUAACGGCUUGACCCAACUCUUUGGCAGGAUGACCACUGCGGCUGUCCCCAUAGAAAAAUUCGGGACGGGCAAUCACUCGGCUUGGGCCGAAUCACUUGGUGCCACGGAACGACAACGGUUACUGCUGCUACAGUGUCUUCAGCACCUGGAGAACUUUUUAGCCAAAGUUCAAGAUAAUGACCAGAACGAAAGUAUAAUUACUGAUCACGGGGAUGAUGUCGAUGUGGUCCUCGCAGCGGAGAGCUUACGCUUUGCCGCUGACUGUCUAGCAAAAAUCAUUGGAAGGGGCGAAUCUGGCGAUGUCGAAGAGGUGCUGGGGGUGGUCUUCGAAAAGUAA